CAGACGAGCGCCUGCCUGAGCCUGGCAGGGGGAUGUGUUUGGGGGGUCUCCAACCCUUAGAGCAGCUCCCGGCCUGCCCUACGGGUCCUGCCCCGGUGGCUAGCAAAGGGUUAACGCGGGGGAAGGUGGGGAUCUGCAGCAGGAUGUGACCUGAUGCUGACAUGCUGUGAUGUUCUGAUGUCACAUGUGCAAGGCGGGUGGGAGGAGCCAGAUGGUUUGUGCUGCAGGUCCCAGGAGUCCCCGCGGCUGGGGGAGGGGAGCAGGAAGAGGAGGCUGCAGGGAGGGAAGAGAGAGCAGCGGCACCGGGGGCAGCCCCGGAGACAGGACGUUGUCAGCAGGCACCGUGUGUGAGUGCAGGGAGAGUGAGAACCCAGGUCCUGGUGGGGAGAGGCCUCUCCUGAUGGAGUCAGUGGCUGCUGCACUGGAUCCCAUGGUAGACAUGGCCCAGCCUUUCGGAGCCCUGGUGAAGCUGGAGGAGCAGGACCCAGGAGGUCUCCAGGCAGGAGCUGACGGGACGAGAAAAGUCCCUCCGAUAGUCCAGGCUUGGACCUGGGGGGCAUCCUCGAGGUGGUCGGCACCACAGCCAGUAAAAGUAAAGCAGCAGCUGCAGAAGGAGUCUGUCAAACGCUGGGAGAUCCGGGGACAGGAGGUGAUACAGGCUGUGCAUCCCCUUUCUGAUGCCAAGUUUCCCUCGGAGACCCCACAGCUGGCACCGGGGAAUGACCUCCCCACCCCAGAGACCUGGCGUCAACCCUUCCGGGGCAUCCGCUACUUGGAAGCCAAGGGGACACAGGAGAUUACAGUGAAUGUGAAGGUCAAGCAGGUGUCCUCUGGCAAGGUGCAGCCCAGUGGGACACUGCAGGAGCCUGGUGAUUCCCGGCUGGAGCAGCCAAAGGCCCAUUGUGUAGACAGGCCUCUUGAGGAGGCAAGACGGAAGGAAACCCUGGCACCUCAGGAUGAGCCACGUCACGUCCCCAAAGAGGAGCCUCCGCCCCACCAGGAGUCAGGUGCUGGGACCCUGAGCAGAGCUGAGCAGCAGCCUCCUGAGGAGGGGCCUGGGAACCUGGAGCUGCAGAAGACUUCCCCAGGGAGACUGGGGGAGAAGGACUCCCUGAGACCCGAGCCAGACCAAGUGCAGAGGGGGCAGGGCAGGCCUCCAAAGCAGGAGGACAGCUUGGAGCUCCGGGAAGUGUUUGAGGACGUGGCUGUGUAUUUCACACGAAAGGAGUGGGAGCUGCUGGAAGAACAUGACAAGGUGCUUUACCAGGACCAGAUGCUGAGGAAUUAUGAAGCCCUCGUUUCUCUGGGAUAUGGAGGUCCCACACCUGACUUAAUCUACCGCAUCCAGCAAGGACAGGUGGAGCUCUGGGUCUGGGAUGAUGAGGACGGUGGGGAGAUCUCAAGGUCAGAGGACCUCCUGCCAUCAGAAGGUGCCUGGCUGCUGAGAAGAGCUGAGGAGCAUGCUGACAAGGAAGGGCCUGCAAACAUGGAUCCAUCAAAGAAUUUCCCAUGCUGUUUGGGUGAGAUGGACUCCCUGGGACCUGAGAAGGACCAAUGGCACAAGAGUCAGGGGAGGCCCGAAAAGCAGGAGGAGUGUCUAUCUGUGAACCAGAUACCAUCUCCUAUUGGGUGUGAGAGUGGAGAUAGGGCAGAACCCACAAACAGUCCUGGGCAGAGAAAAGAAGGUGUGGAGCUGAGCGAGCAGAAGAGCCACUGGAAAGAGACACUGCAUCCAAGCCAAGGCAGUGGGGAGGGAGUCAGAGGGAAGAGCUUCACCUUCUCCAGCCUGACCUGGCAACUGUGCCUCGAAAGAGAGAAGCCACAUCAGUGCUCUGUGUGUGGGAAGAGCUUCACCUUCUCCUUUGACCUGGCCAAGCAUCAGUGCAUCCGCACGGAGCAGAAGCCAUACGGGUGCUUGGAGUGUGGGAAGAGCUUCACACGCUCCUCCAACCUGGCGCAGCACCAGUUACUCCACACUGGGGAGAAGCGACAUCCAUGCUUGGAGUGUGGGAAGAGCUUCACUCAGUGCUCCCACCUUGCCCGGUACCGGCUGAUCCACGCUGGGGAGAAGCCACAUAAGUGCCUUGAGUGUGGUAAGAGUUUCACCUUCUCCUCUGACCUGGCCCGGCACCAGCGGAUCCACACAGGGGAGAAGCCAUAUCAGUGUUCAGAGUGUGGGAAGAGCUUCAACUGCUCCUCCAACUUUGCUCGGCACAAGCGCAUCCACACAGGGGAAAAGCCACAUAAGUGCCCUGAGUGUGGAAAGAGCUUCACCUGCGCCUCCCACCUGACCCAGCACCAGAUCAUCCACACAGGGGAGAAGCCACAUCAGUGCCCUGAGUGUGGGAAGAGAUUCGCCUUCUCCUCUGACCUAGCCCAGCACCAGAUCAUCCACACAGGGGAGAAGCCCUAUCAGUGUUCAGAGUGUGGGAAGAGCUUCAAUUGCUCCUCCAUCCUGGCCCAGCACCAGCGCAUCCACACAGGGGAGAAGCCACAUUUGUGCUCUGCAUGUGGGAAGAGCUUCACCUGCUCCUCUGACCUGGUCCAGCACCAGUGCAUCCAAAUGGGGGAGAAGCCACAUCAGUGCCUUGAUUGUGGGAAGAGCUUCACCUUCUCCUCUGAUCUGGCCCGGCACCAGCGCAUCCACACAGGGGAGAAGCCAUAUCGGUGCUCAGAGUGUGGGAAGAGCUUUACCCGCUCCUCCCACCUGGUCUGGCACCAGCGUAUCCACACGGGGCAGAAGCCGCAUCAGUGCCCUGAGUGUGGGAAGAGCUUCAACUUCUCCUCUGACCUGGCCCAGCACCGGCGCAUCCACACAGGAGAGAAGCCGUAUCAGUGCUCUGAGUGUGAGAAGAGCUUCAACUCCUCCUCGAACCUGGCCCGGCACCAGCGCAUCCAUACAGGGGAGAAGCCAUAUCUGUGUUCGGAGUGUGGGAAGAGCUUUACCUGCUCCUCCCACCUGACCCUGCACUGGCGCAUCCACACAGGGGAGAAGCCACAUCAGUGCUCAGAGUGUGGGAAGAGCUUCACCUGCUCCUCCCACCUGACCCAGCACCGACGCAUUCACACAGGGGAGAAACCUUAUCAGUGCUCACAGUGUGGGAAGAGCUUCACCUGCUCCUCCCACCUGACCCAGCACCGGCUCAUCCAUGCCCGGAAGCAUCCGGAGCAGGCACAAGAGCUACAGAAGGUGGUGUCGAUGCUUGGAGGCAUCCUCCACCGUGAGGAGUUCAUCGAUUCGAUGCUGUGGAGACCUCCGGCAGAGAAGCGAGAAGACGUGGACUCCCAGGAAGACUUACUGGCGGCUCCAGAGACUGGACCCUGUUGGCAGGUGCUGUGCGUGAGUUCAGGGAGAGCGGGAGUCCAGGCCCCAGGCUGGGUGAGCCCUCUCCUGGUAGAGACAGUGGUUGCUGCGCUGGAGUCUGUAGCAGCUGUGGACCUUCCCUUUGCAGCCAUGGUGAAGACAGAGGGGAAGCUGGAGGAGCAGGACCCAGGAACUCUCCAGACAGGAGAUGAGAAGACGAAAGUACCUCUUGUUGUCCAUGCUAGGACUGGGGGGGUGUCCCCAAGGUGGUCGGCACCACAGGCAGUAAAUCAGCAGCUGGAGAAGCUGGUCCAGCACCAGGAGAUCCAGGGGCAGGAGGUUAAUCAGGCCAUGCAGCCCCCGCCUGAGGCCGAGAUUCCCUCAGAGACCCCAAAGUUGGCAUCAGGAGAUGAUCUCCCUACCCCAGAGACCUGGCGCCAGCGCUUCCGGGGCCUCUGCUACCAGGAGGCCGAGGGGCCGCGGGAGGUUUGCAGCUGCUUGAAAGAGCUCUGCUGGCGCUGGCUGGAGCCGCAGAGCCGCAGCAAGGAGCAGAUCCUGGAGCUGGUGGUGCUGGAGCAGUUCCUGGCCAUCCUGCCCCGGGAGAUGCAGAGCUGGCAGUGGGGGCACAACGUUGAGACCUGCACCGAGGCUGUGACCCUGGCUGAGGGGUUUCAGCUGGGACAGGAGGAGGGUGAGAAGCUCCAGAUCACGAUGAGUGUUAAGGUUGAAGAGGUGGCCUCGGACAAGAUGCAGCCCACUGGGGCACUGCAGAAACAUGCCAAUUCCUGGCUGGAGCAACCCAAGGCCUAUCAUGCAGACAGGCCUCUGGAGGAGGCAGGAGAGAGGGAAGCCCCAGGGCCCUGGGACAAGCCAGCUCAAGUCCCCAAAGAGGAGUCCCCACCUCACCAGGGGUCAGAUUACCCCAAAACGGAGGAGACUUGGGAGUGCUCAGCUGACAAAAGCUGCUCAGGCUGGUCCCCAAGACGAGGCCCUUCCCCAGGAGCAGGAGGUGCCUGGCUGCUGAGCAGAGCUGAGGAGGAGACUCGUGUGGAAGGGCCUGCAGACCUGGAGCCAGCACGGACUUCCCUAGGGAGUUUGGGAGAGAAGGAGACUUGGCACAAGAGUCAUGAGAGAUCCCAAAAGCAGAAGGAGAAUGUAGCAGUGAACCAGCUCCAGGGCAUCCAACGGGGGAGGAAGACACACCGCUGCACUGAGUGCAGGAAGAACUUUGUCUCCUGGCAAGACCUGUCCCAGCACCAGUGUGUGCAGAUGGGGGAGCAGCCGCAUCGCUGCACCAGGUGUGGGAAGAGCUUCAGGCAGCCAUCCAGCCUGGCCAGGCACUGGUGCAUGCACACAAGGAAGAAGCCUCAUAAGUGCUCAGAGUGUGGGAAGAGCUUCACCUGCUCCACCAACCUGACCCAACAUUGGCUCAUCCACAAAGGGGAGAAGACAUAUCAGUGCUCCGAGUGUGGGAAAAGCUUCACUCACUCUUCCCGCUUGGCUCAGCACCAACGUAUCCACACAGGGGAGAAGCCACAUCAGUGCUCAGACUGUGGGAAGAGCUUCAACCUUUCUUCCAACCUGACCAGACACCGGCUCACCCACACAGGGGAGAAGCCGUAUCGGUGCUCAGAGUGUGGGAAGAGCUUCACCCAAUUUUCCCACCUGGUCCGGCACUGGCUCAUCCACACAGGGGAGAAGCCAUAUCAGUGCUCAGAGUGUGGCAAGAGCUUCAAUCAGUCCUCCUCCCUGGCUCAGCACCAACGUAUCCACACAGAAGAGAAGCCAUAUCAGUGCACGGAGUGUGGGAAGAGCUUCAACCUGUCCUCCAACCUGACCAAACACUGGCUUAUCCACACGGGGGAGAUGCCAUAUCAGUGCUCAGAGUCUGGCAAGAGCUUCACCGAAUCCUCCCACCUGGCUCAGCAGGUCAGUCACACAGAAGAGAAGCCACAUUGGUGCUUGCAGUGUGGAAAGAGCUUCACCCAGUCUUCCAGCCUUGCCCGGCACCAGCUUAUCCAUACGGGGGAGAAGCCACAUCAGUGCUCAGAGUGUGGGAAGAGCUUCAAACUGUCUUCCCACCUGACUGAACAUCGGCUCAUCCACACCGGGGAGAAGCCACAUCAAUGCUCAGAGUGUGGGAAGAGUUUCACCCGAUCCUCCCACCUGGCCCGGCACAAAGUCGUUCACACAGAAGAGAAGCCACAUCGGUGCUCAGAGUGUGGGAAGAGCUUUGCCCAAUUCUCCAACCUGACCCGGCACCAGCUUAUCCACAUAGGGGAAAAGCCACAUCAGUGCUCAGAGUGUGGGAAGAGCUUCAGCCAGUUCUCCAACCUGGCCCGGCACCAGCUUGUCCACACAGGGGACAAGCCAUUUCAGUGCUCAGAGUGUGGGAAGAGCUUUGCUCACUCCUCCACCCUGUCUCAGCACCAUCUCAGCCACACAGGGGAGAAGCCACAUCAGUGCCCAGAGUGUGGGAAGAGCUUCUCCCGAUCCUCCAACCUGGCAAAGCACCAGCUUAUCCACACAGAGAAGAAAUCACAUCAGUGCUUGGAGUGUGGGAAGGGCUUUCCCCACUCCUCCAAACUGGCCCAGCACCAGUGCAUCCACAUCCAGGAGCAUUCAUAAUGCUGCCAGCAAUGCAGGGAGGGCUUGGGGACAUCUCCCUGUUCUACAGCCUCCAGUGUCUGUGUCUAGGCAAGCAGCCCCAUGCUAGUGGACUGCAGCAAGAGUUCACCCAUCGUUCACCCAUUUUAGGGCAGUGCAGAACCCAAAGGGCACAGAGGCUGGCCUCCAAGGUUUGACAAGGGGGUGGGGGUAAAAGGAAACACCUCAGGUCAAGGCCAGUCCAGCUGCUGGGGGAACCUGUGAGGAGGUGAUUUUUGCAUCAUCCUUGUAGCCUGUGCCAUCCCCAUCUUUCUCUAAAAGCAGCCAGUGCUCCCAGGGGGAGAAGAAGUGCCUUUACAAUAGGGUGCCCUCCCUGAGACAACUGGCCCCAAAUGACACCCAGGGACUCACUUUGGCUGACUCCCAGCUUUUUCUUCCCUCCUGCUCCCAGGGUUUUGGUACAUGAGACUUGUGAGUUGCAGGAAGGAGGACAUUUAUGGCUGGGGAAGCAUUCCCUGCUCUACACCCUGACCUUGCCUUUCCUUCCCACCACAUUACCCUUCUCCCAGCCCUGCACAUGCCCACUGAGUCUGCAAGAAGCUGCUAUUGCCACCCCAUGAGCCUAGUUUAGCAGGUUUUGCUCUCAGCCCCUUGUCAGAACUCUGCACCACCAGGUGCCAGCUGCCCCCUCCCCUGUAUUCCUUCCCUUCGUGCCAGUCUGUAUAACACUGUAAAGAAGUGAAGGAAAAUGCUUACACAUUUGCAGCAAGAGGAGACCCACCGUUCUUGGUGGAAUGGGCAACAACGUGAGAUGAGCAGCUGCAGCAAUUUAUGAGCAGCUCCUCAAUCAGGCUCGGCCCCAUCCACGGCAUCACAGGUAUUUCUGGCCCACUGUCAGGGCUGGGGAAGAGCAAGGAGAGCCACCGGACAAUGGGGGAAAGCCAGGGAUGCUGGCAUGCCGUUGAAGGAGCACCGGACUGGGGAACAACGGUGGAGACAGCUCCUGAGAGUCUGGAGGGGAUCUACUAGCCUGAGUGCCACCACAGAGACUGCAGCGGCAGCAAACAUGAGGAGUACCUGCCGGGAUACAUGCUGAGGGAGAGAUGCCAUUUGGAGUGCCAGCAGCACUCCUCUAAGCAUUUGUAUUUAUAUUCUUCUUUUCUUUUUCUUUUCACUCGCCAGGUCUCAGAACCCAAGAGGCUGGGCUGCAGCCCUGGGAGCAGGAGCAGGACCCUGCACGCUGGCAGGGGAGCUGACUGCAGGCUCGCCAGGAGGUGAGCUAUUGAGGGCUGGCAGACAGACUCAUCACACCUGGGGAAAGUGGCAGGGGCUGCUGAAGCUUUUAGGUCAGAUGCCAACCCAUCCAAUGUUGGGAAACACCUUAGCAAGGUGGAGGGGAUCAUUAAGCCCUUUUCUUUUCCUUUGUCAUUCUCUUUAUUAUUUUGAGGAGGGCUGGGCAUUUGAGAAAGACCCGCAGCCGUAAGAACUACAUUUUCCCAGGCUGAGGGAAGAAGUCCAUAGCAGCGACAACCAUCUCGGCCAAGACUUACCUGAGUUUCUUUUAUCAUUUGAGUUAUCUUCCCUUCUUUGUCCACUGAUCAAAUGGUGACCAACUGAUUGGAGGAUCGGCAUGGUAACAGCCUCUGUAAGCCAGGUUGAGGACGUGAAUGGAGCGGCUGGGGUAAAGAACAGCCAAGGAUUGCCCAUUGGAAGAUGAGAGCACAACAAAUACAAUAGCAGGAUGCUAGGAUGGGAUGUAGGGGAGGUUGGAGCCCCAAAGAAGAACUGGACCAGAUACCAGACCAGAUACAUCCAGAAUUAUAUGCAACAGAAGUUGGUUACCUCCUGACUAAGACAAGUUCAACAUUAAGGCACAGCAGGCAAGAAUUGGGUAACCUACGUUGAGUGUAAGAACUGGGCGAGUCCGCACCCCAAUGGCACAGUCUCACAGGGUGCAGAGCCAUCAGACCCCAUGGCCCUAUCCUAUGCUGCGCUGACAAACAUAUUCCUUGCUAAUCAAGUCCCACAACUUAACAUGGUAUCCCUGUGGUUGGUAUCUGUGUUGUUUCCAGAGUUGGGAAAUGGGAACACACCAGGGCCCAGAACCCUGUCCAGGGCAGAUAUUUCUGUGGUUUCCUAGCCCCUUCCCUUUUGAGAAGAUUCAGCGCAAUCCAGGGGUUGUUUCUGACCCUCAGGAGCAGGAACUUGUCCCCCUUGAGGCAUUAAACCCAUGUCCUGCUGUGCACCAAGGACUCUGCCCUUUUGAAUGAACCUCUGGCCAGGGGGAAGUAGAGUCUCUAUUCUGGGUUAAAUGGGGCAGUAUGGGUAAAGGAGGUGCAGCCCAUGACAGGUGCUGCCUCUUCUGUGGAAGGGUGGGGAAAAUAUGAAGCCAUUGUAUGGGUGAAAUGCAGCAUGUUGUAAUCUCUCAUUGGGAAUAGUGGGGCUUCCAUCCUAAUGCCAAAGCCAUCUGGCUCCAUGACUGUCCCGUAGGAGCUGCUCCAAGAGAUUAAUCACCCAUCCUGGGGUACACUUAUUCAUCUCCAUAAUUGUCAUUUCUGCUGAUACCCCCCAGUGUAUAAAAAUGCUCUUUUCUUUUCCCUGUAUUACAGUGUUUAAGAAAAUAACCUCGAGACUUCUGAAUGAACCUGUUUUUUGGCAGGAGGGCUGGUUUGUCUUGUUGUUGGAGGUGGCCACAGAAAGAAGAGAGGGAAUGGGAGGUUUUUUGACACAUUUUGAAUGUGCCCGUUACUUGUUGAAUUUUAAGAGGCGAUGGAGGUUGGAGUUAACAUGUGUAGCCCCAGGGUAUUCUGGAAGUUGCAGUCCAAACUCUCAGUGACCACAGCUCUGAAGACUGCCCCUGGUUCCUCAUGUGGUUACACAAAUUACAUUCAGACGGCACUAGAAUAUUUGUGUGUGGCCAGAGCACUGAACAAGAGACAGCUUCACUGGGGUUGGCCCUUUCCAUGUCCCACUUCGAUUUUCAGGUCACAUAGAAAUGGGAAGGUGGAUACUCUCUCCAAGAAGGUGGAAUAUGAUGCUAACCGGGCACAGGAAUCAUUGAAGCCUAGCCCCUUCUGAAGCCACACAACAUCCUUGCACCACCUGGCCAAUGGCUCUGCAGUCUCAGCCACCACCUGGGAAGAAGUUGCUCUUGAAGAGCAGGCUGCCUU